GAGCUUUAUGGACGGUUCGGGUAGUUCUCGCUCUGCUUUUCUGACUUUUAUCGGUUAUUAUCGUCAUUUUGAAAGAAAGCGGGUUUAUUUUCAGUCUCUAACGAAGCGUUCAGAUGCGUUUCUUUAACAUCCGGCGGCCUCAGAGGACGUGACGGCGGCAGAAACGGCAGAAUGGACCCGAGCCAGAGGAGGCCUCGGUGUUUACUCCAGCGGUAAAUGAGUGCAGCUAGUAAGGUUUUAUUUCUCCACUAAAGGCGAUGGUGAGGAAACUGGGAACAUAAAUAUACUGGUACCGGUCAACAUGGAGGAUAAAUACAGCAGCAACGUUUUGUCGGGAGGGAAACUGGGAAUGGUGGAAGUUCCUGAUUCCAGGUUAACCAGAUACAUUGUUCUGCUGAUCCUCUCAAAGAUCCUGAAGGCUUUAGGUAUUUUUGAAUCCUAUGAUAUCCUGAAAGUCGUUCAUAUAGUUCAGUUCAUCUUCAUAUUAAAGUUUGGAAGUGCUGUUAUUCUGCUUGUCUUUCAAAAACCCUUUUCUUCUGGGAAAGUCAUCUCAAAGCGGCAGGUUUGUUGGAUUUUAUUUUAUUGCUUGUUUUUCCUAAAUUCGCACUAGUAAGCUUCUAAAAAGUGUGGCAGGCAUUUACAGUCAGCCUCUAUUGAUUUGUAUUUUGUAGAACUUCAUCUAGAGACGUCAAAUUGCACCAACAACAAUUUUCAACAAUUACUUCUUUUUUAUAAAGUUACUCUCUCCAGGAUUGUUUUUGUAAAUUAUUUUGCAAUAAAGUCGAUAAUUUUGUGGUUCUA